AUCUUAUGUUUAAACAUUAUCCCAUAGUAACUUAAACCGGGUUUGCAUAUUAGGCUUUUUAUCUUAAGCACAUGUGUCAAUCUUUGGAAAAAAAUGUCAUAAUCUGUAAGAACUUAUUGGAUGAGAAUUAGAUAUGUUGGAAUACAAAAUAUAAAGACUGCAUGAUACAGACAUGAGCAUGUAGGUUCCAAUAAAUACAAGGACUUUAUACUAACUUUGAACCUGUGAUAUAUUGUUUCCUAGGUAACAGGGAUUUAUACUCCACAUACAAUUAAUGAAGUAUGGAGGAAAGACAGUCGUCAUACUUCUCCACAGGACCCACACCUCGACCAGAACAGCAUUCAUCAAUGCGACAGCCAUCAGCUACAGAUGUGCCAUCAAGAAUGGAUCAAAGGUCGAGACUAGAAAACCAGGAAAUCGGCCGUAUGUCUAGAACCGGACAACCAUCUGCAGUUCAAAGACUGCGUAUAGAGGAAAAAUUAACUGAAACUGUCAUUGACAAUGAUGUAAUAGAAACUAAUAAAUUACAGAAAACAACACCUCUGAAGAAAACCUCUACAAAACCAGAUGAGAAAAAGACACAAGUCGACUUCAAAUUGACAAAAGACGUUAAGAAAGAGGUUUUUGUUCAAGAUAUUAAAAAGAAACAACUAACGUAUCCGAUACCAAAACCUCCACCAACAAGAAAAGCUGAAAUAUUUAAAAUGGACACUGCUUUAGAAAUCGACAAAAGAGUCCAAAGCGUUGACAUUGAAUCAGCACCUGCCUUGAAGACUUUAACUGUAUCAUUGACCGCAAGAUAUUACAGGGAUGUUGAGAAGGUGCGAGCAAUAUUUGCCUGGAUAUGUCUUCAGAAGUUAGAUCAACUUGAUUAUUCACGCUCAAUAAACGACAAAUCUCCACUUCAUCAUCUAAAAGAAGUUAAAGAUAAAAGAUCAUCCUAUCCUGAAUUGUUUGCAAUGAUGUGCAAGCAUGUUGAUAUCCCCUGUCAUGUUGUACCAGGUGUUGCCAAACUAGAAGGACAUGAAACAGACGAAACCGAAAUCGACAAAAACAGAGUGACAUGGAAUGCAGUUUAUUGUGCAGACGGGUGGAGAAUUGUUUUCUUCAAAGGGGCAUUCGAUACUGUAUCAACGAAGAAAAAAACAACAGAGCAGCAGCCAGUUCAUAUAGAAAACACGCCACUCUCGAGUAAAACAGGAUCAUUUAAAGAACCAGAUGAAAACGGUGAUUCGUCGAUUCCAAAACUCCCUGCAAUUUCAAACUCUUCAGUAACAUCAAAAUCCUCAAAUACAAUACAUACAGGCAACCAUAACCAUUCUGUUUUGAAAAAGUUUGAAAAAGAUUCCAUUUUGAAUGUGAAUGAAUAUUAUUUCUUGACUAACCCGGAGGAGUUUAUAUUUCGAUGUUUUCCUGAUGAAGACAUGUGGCAACUACUUGGAAAACCACAUUCAAUAGAGAAGUUUUUGAAGCUUCCAGUUGUAUCACAAGCUUUCUUCGAACAUCAUUUGAAAAUUUCAAGUCGCUUAAAUGGCAUUAGAAAAGCUAAACACGGAUCUUGCAUAAUAUCAAUCAAGCGGAUGGACUCCAGACACAUUUUUCUCGGUCAUAAAUUUGAAUUGAUUGCAUCAGAAACACCCGAUGCUGCUGUGGAAUUAGAUUUCAAGUUUUUGGUAGCAGUUGUUCAAGACGAAAGGAAGACACAUUUUCAUAUGCGUUUCCCAGUUGAAGGAAUGUAUGAUUUCAAAGUGUUUGGAGGAGCCAGUGAAAGUGAUUCAGAAUUCUUGUGUUCAUUCAAGGUGAAUUGUGAGGAACCAAAACUGAGAUUCGAGGCACUGCCAUUUGUUCCGGAAAUAGGAUUUGGCCCUUGUCGUGUGACAGAGCGUUUCGGUAUGAAAUUGGUUUCAAAUGUUACAGGGUUAAUAACAAUACGUGGAUCAGACACCGUUGAUAUCGAUUUCAAGGUGUUUAAAGAUAUCAAGGUCAUUGCGGAGAUGAUUCAUCAGACAAUUCCUUCUUCGGACCUUGAAGAAUAUAUUUUACUUAAACAACACAAUGACGAUUUAUUCAUUACUGUUGGUGUUCCAAGAAACGGAGAGUAUGUCCUAAAACUACUUGCAAAACAUAGACGUUCGAGUAAAGGCUUUAUAAAUGUGUGCAAUUUCCUUUUGAUGUCGGAAGAUCCUAAGAAACCACGAAAACCAUUUGAAAGUGCAGGAGACUUGAUGAUUCGACAACAGUUGAUGAAUACACUUAAGACAUCCAAGAAUCCUGAGGAUGUGCAAAUGGCAAUCGAUAAGUUAAAUAAGGAGGACUUACCAGACGAUGGAUGGCUUACUAAAGCAUAUGAAAGGCUGGAAUAUCUAAAAUUAGCUAAGGCUUUGAGAAAUGGCAUCAAUCGUAAAAAUGCUGAUGUUCUGGAAAAGGCAAUUCAAGAUGCAAAACAGUCAAGUCUGGCAGAAAAGCUGAAUAAUUAUAUAAGAGAGGGUGAGCAGAUGUUACAAGAGGCUGACAACAACUCCGUGUUUAUACUGGAAAUGAAACGAACAACAAUAUCUGAGGUCCAUCGCUAUAAGAAACCAAAACCUGUGAUGUACGAUGUAAUGAAAGCAACGUACAUCUUACUAGGAGAAAAGUCAGAAUCACUGGCGACAUGGGAUGAGAUUGUUUACCUAAUGAGAAUGACAAGUAGAAAUAGUCUUUUAUAUAAAGUCAAACAAUUUGACAAAAAUUAUAUUGACCCUAUCACUGCUCAAGAAGUGGACAGACUUCUUAAAACGCACACUCUAGAGGAGGCAAAGGCAGCUAGCGCCGGUGUGGGAACAUUCUACAUGUGGGCUAAUGAAAUGAUAAAGCCUUUGACGAAAGUAAAAAAAUCCACUCAACCAAAAAAAGAGAAAACAACAAAUGGACAUAUAGAGGAGGGCAAUAUACAGACUAAGGAGGAAAUCUCGAAAUUGGGAGAUUAAGAGAUUGUAUUAUAUCAUAAAUUAUCAACUGGGGUGUCGGAACAAUAUUGUCAAUGAAUGCAGUUUAUUGAUAUUAUAUAGUCUUGGUUAUUGUAAAACAGGCCUAUAAAGAAAAUUGGUCAAAGUUUUUGAACAAAGUUUUGAUAGUGACAACCAUGAAAGAAAACUUUGGUCUAAAACUUUGACGGACUUUAAUGAAAUAGAAUUUCUUCCUAUUUUCUUGAAACUUGGACGACAGAAAUUAGCCACUCAAAAUGCAUCUUAGCAAUGAGGCAAUUUUUGUUGGCAAACCAAAAGCAUAUGGCAAAAUUGACGAAAAAAGUAGGAGAGUAAAAGAAACAUUCUAGAAAAGAAACGAUAGAUGAAUUUAUUUCGAUCAGUGGUUCAAAUUUACUGAGCAGCAGAUUGAAUGAUGAUUUGUCCAUUUCAAAAUAAUUCCUGAAUUCGUGUCGGUCCUCACUUUGAAGAAGAGUAUUGAAGGUAGUUUUUCUGUCUCAGUCUAUUCUGCAACUAGUUUCUUUUUCCCUUCUAUUCACUCUUUUGCGAUAUCUAAUUCGCCUUCUCCAAAUGGUAGUACACAGAAUAUACAGUGAAAGCGCAAUGCAGUCAUUCUGUGAGAAGUAUAUAAUGGCCAUUGUUUCUCUUUGUAAACAUUGAACUCUCAUCUUUUCUUUGACCAAGUUUUUGAUGAAAAACUUUGAUAGUGACACCAAUCAUAGAUAGAUAGAUAUAAAGGAAGACAAAAUAUAAUUAAGAGGAAGGCUGAAAAUAAAAUGUCUGUUUUUGAUAUGCAUUAUUUUAUAUAAUCUAUAAAUACGUAUAUUGCUGGUAAUAUGAAUAAAAUGUACAAUAAAA